GGUAGCCAGGGGUCCAGCAGGGCCCUCCCAGGCCAUGGGGACACAAAGCCAGAUGGAAGGGUAUCCAGUGUUGUGAGGCAGAAUGACAUGAUGUGGCCCUGUGGCUCUGGGUGACAGGUCCGCAUUUGAAGCUGCGCACAAUACCUGCGGAGUUUGUUAGGUGUGGGGUUUUAUGUAUGUUUCAUAUCGGGGUGUGUUUUCUUGCACAUAUGUGUCUGGUCCUGCACACAUGAACUAUUUGUGAACUGUUGUUUUCUGCAGAGCUGGUGACGGGUAAGUGCUGUGGAGGGCACCCAAGUGCUGGGUGUGUGUGCUCAGUUGGAGGGGGCAGUUGUGUACCCUUGAGUCAGAAGGUGUUGGGUCCCGUCCGGUUUCUGCGGCCCUGCUGAGGUGUGGUCCAGUCUUGGCGAAGAUGGCCUACUGGAUGGGUUUGUGGGUCCGUGUGACGAUCGGGUGGCAUGGAAGGGGGGGUGCGUAUCUAGAACUCGGGUCCUGCAGGCCCCGUGGGAAGUGAGAACCCCCAGGGUGUGUCUCAGGUACCCGUGGGGCAGCUGGUACUGGUGCCUGGGGUUCUGGGUGGAAUGUGCAGGUUGUGUUUAUGGGAUCAUGGGCAGCCGAGCGAGGGGAAGGUUGUGUGUUUGCAACAUUCCCUACGGGAUUCUUUUGUGACGUUGUUUGUGGGAGCCUUUCGUGCUGUUGGGCCGGGAGGCAAGCUGGUCAGAAAACAGUUGUGGGGAGGGAGGUGGCGUGACAAGGGCAAUGUGGGCCUCAGACUCCGGAGAUCAACCGCGAGCUGUGUGUGCGUGCCUGCUCCUGCGUGUUGAAGUGGCUGUGUGGGGCCGCUCCGGGUAUGUGUUAUGAAGAAGGCGGGGAGAUAAAUAUGGGGCAGAGCAAGGGCAGCAGGCGGGAGGCCUGGGUGUUGUCGGGUGGCCCGGCUAGUCCGUGCAGGGUCUGCGUGCUUGCCCCUUGCCGGCCCGCCCAGCGUGUCAGGGUCACCAGGAGGAGAGGCCUGGCGGCUGCAAGGAAACUCAGCUUGGACAGAGUGGCUCCUUGGCCAUGUUUACGUAAAGGCCGGGUGUGACUCUUGUCACUGAAAUGGAAAAAAGAAACACGAAGUUUUCAGUCUCCUCCUCCUGCUUCACCCUCUCUCUGUCCCCCUUGCUGGUAUCUCUGCUUUUCCAUCUCUUCUGUGACGCACAUUAGGCCACUCCUGCGACUGUGGAAGGGUCUGGAAACGGAAUUUGCUCGCUAGGCAGAUUCCUCAGAACAGGUUUUCCUCACCUUUGGGGCCCUGGCCCUUCUGUAGGGGUGUGUGUGUGUGUCUGUCUGUUCCAAGUGUGCACACCCUGUGGUCUGUGCCUGGCCUGGCUAGGAGGGGGCAUGUGCGUGGGGGCUGGGUGGACGCUAUGGCUAGGCCCCCUGCCCGGGGGCGUGCUGGCUGCUGUGUCAGGCCUGCACAACAGGUGCACCAUGGCCUGGUGGAGGGGAAGGAGGCCUAGAUGAGAAUUGAGGAGUUCAGGCCCUACCACUUCCUCGCCAGCACUUUCCCUAAGUGACCCUCAGUUCCUCAUCUGUAAAAUGGGGCUAAUCACCUUCCCUGUCCGUCUUCCAACAGGGCUGUAGGUACGUAGCACAUGGGAAGCAUACCUGGAAAGUAGCUACACUUUGGGGACUAUGCCCAUGCCAGCCACUGUCAGCCCUCUGCCAGCACUGAGCCCCUUCUUGGGGCUUGGUUAAUAAUAACAGCAGGAAACACCUAUUGAACACUUACUGUGUACUAGGCACUGUUCUUAAUGCUUUUACAUAUGAUCACUCAUUUAGUCUUCCCAAUGCUGGAUGAAAGUGGGAGUUCUAAUUACUUCCCUUUCUCAGAUGAGACAGCCGAGGUCCAGAGAAGUCAUAUGCGCAAAGCCAUUUAGCUAGUAAGAGGUAAAGCUGGAUUUGAACCCAGGCAAUCUGACUCCAGAUCCUGGGCUCUUAUAUGCUGUCCCCUGCUGCUUGUGGUGGGCUUCUCCAUGCAUCCCCCACCACAUACAUACACACACUUCUGCCCAAUUUCUUCAGAACUUAACACCUGCAAUAAUUCAUUUCAGAAGACUGGUAUGUUUCAACAGUGAUUCAGGGAGUCCCUGCCUGGGAGGGAGAACUUAGCAUCUGCUGCUGGGUACUGGCCACACGGGCACAAAAUGUUGAUGAAGUGGGUGAAGGAGAGAUUGUCCUUGUUCUGAGAGUCAGGGAGGACCAAGACAGAGGUGGCAUUUGAGGUCAAUUUCAACAUUUUGGAGGUAUUUGGAGAAGAGGCUGGGCAAAGUUUUUAUUUCUGGCAGGAGAACCAGCAUAGGCAGAAGCCUGGAGGUGUGGGAAUGCUGAGGCUGGAGAGCACACCAGAAGCUGGAGGGGAGAUUCACUCCAGGCAAGAGGAGAGGGGAAGAUGGGGACUGGACACUUGAAUGCCCAGCUGGUGAAUUUGAGCUUUAUUAUGGAGUGGAGGCUAGAGAGGGGUUCAGAGCCCAGGAGUGACAAUGCCUGAGCUGCUUCGGGGCUGUUGAUUCUCAGUGAGAGGAAGCCUGGAUGGUAGAUGCUAAGACCGGAAGCAGGGGACUAGCUGCGAGCCCUGGCCUUGAACCAUGAGACUGUUAACAAGGCCUUGAGCUAGUUUGGGGGCCAGAGGUAGGGUAGAGGGAAGGCUUCCAGAGCCAUUCCCAAGCUAGGCCACAGAUCUGACCAGACUCGGUGACGGCUAGACGUGGGGAGCAAGGGCAAGGGAGGAGUCAGACUUGACACAAUUAGCCUUUAGCACAUGAGCUCGUGUGUGUGUGUGUGUGUGUGUGUGUGUGUGUAUGUAUGAUGGUUCUGGCAGCCUGCUAGCUGGCCCCAGCACCCUUAAGGCAGGACCUGGUGGUGUGGCAGAGGGGAGGACCCAGCAUCUGGGUUCACAUGGGCCUGGAUGUGAAUUCUGACCCUGCUGUUCACAAGCUGUGUGACCUUGAGCAAGGUAAAUCCCUCUAUGAGCCUCAGUUUCCUCACGUGUAAAACUGGGAUAAUGUAAAUGCCAACUUGGAGUGGCUGAGGAAACCAUUAAAUGAGGCAAUGUAUGUAAAGCCCUGGGAGUAAAAAACAUAGAUAAAUAAAAAAUAAAGCCUUGGAGGUGUUAUUAGGCAAAACACAAGUGCCCCUAAGUGGUCAAGUUACACUUGCCACCCCCAGCUCCUGGCCAACUCAGUCCUGGCCUGAGGAUGGUGUCCUUCCUAAAGGUGGACACAGUCCAGGCAGGCUUUAAGAAAGCAGGUUCAUUCAUUUACCCAAAAUGUUUUGAAUCCUCCUACCAUGUAUCAGGCAAUGUUCUAAGUACUGGAUGGAGCAGCGGACAAAGCAGACAAAAAUCCAUCCGUCCCCUGGAGCUUGCCUUCUAGAGAUGAAAGAGCAGUAGUCUUAAUAAAUGCCAAGGAGGAAAAUAAAGUAGGGGAGGGGGAUAGGAAGCUUGGGGAGGUACAGGGCAGCCAGGGAGGGCCUUGGGGGGGUGACUUUUGAGUCAAAGCUGAAAGGAGGUGGGAUAGCAAGACAUGAGGCUGCCUGAGGAGAGAAUGUUCCAGGCACAGGGAACAGCUGGAGGUGGAGGGUAUCUGGUGGUGGUGCUCACAUCCCCACCUCAGUCACACCUCUAAGAUCACACAACCAGUUAAGAGUAGAGAAACGGUAAAAACAAAUAAAAAAACUAAAACCACAGAGCCAUCAGACCUACCAUGAAGCCUGAUUUCUGCCCCUUUUCUUCACCACUUCCCCCCACCAUUUUCCGGGACUGAGUUCCAAGAUGAUAAUAAGAGCUAGCACUUCCUGAGCAUCUGCUGCGUGCCCAGCACUGUUCUAGGUACAGCCGGUCAUCAGCUUGUUUAUUCUCUACAGCUCUACGUAAUGGGCGCACUUCAUUAUCCCCAGCUUAUAGACAAGGAAACCGACAUACCGAGAGGUGAAAUAAUUUGCCCAGGGUCCCAUAACCAGUGUCGUCUGCUCCACCUCGUAUAACCCCGGCAGGGCAGUGGCCAGUGGUGGGGCAGUUGAACUCAGGAGAGCCAGAUCCAGACCCCAUUUGGUUAGUAGAGAGUCCAGGGACAAGUCACCCCACCACUACAUUCUCUCUGCCUGCACGUGUGGCAUCUAGAGUAUUUAAAGCCUCCGUUUCCUCAUAUGUACAAUGGGGUUGACACUAGCCCCUGCCUCCCUGUGGUCCUUUUGAGUGCUGAAAUGAGAUGAUGCAGAUAAAAUGCUUAGUGCCAGAUUUGACACAAUGUUUAUCUCAACGGCAGCUCCAAGUAUCAUGACGUUGAUGGUUCUAGGUGAUCUCCAAGGGCCAGGACAGCCUUGGACCUCUGUGGUUCUGAAAAAGCCUGGAUAGGCCUUGUCCAUAUAUCUUGGCAGUCAGCACACAGCCAUGCCUGGGUAGGUACCAAGCCCAUAUGGUUAUGCAAGUGGCCAGGCCGGGCCAAAGGGUGAGUAGGGGCUGGAAUCAAACCUUUUCUUUGCUCACCUGUGCAGAGCUGCUACCUUGAAGAGGCCUUUCCUCUAUUUUUUCCCCUUCCUCUAAUUUUCACAAAGAUCCUAGAUGGGCUAGUGGGGAGCCCUAGUGGGUUCUGUUUCAAGAAAAACAGAACUGUUAUCCUAUACACUCUAUUCACAACACUUCUGACACCAAACGUGUGGAGUUUCUUCCCCCACACUGGCCAAUUCUCUGACACUAGCUGUGUGUCCUAAAAUUCAAUUCAAUUCUGAUAUUAUCUGCCUGGAGAUAGCAUCAGAUUCCACAGGUUAAGGGCUCAGUCCCACAAGACUGCCCCCACUUCAGAUAGCAGUUUGCAAGCCCAGACCUCCUGUACUUUUUUUUUUUUUUACAGCUUUUUAAAAUUUUUAUUAACUUUUUUUUGGCCACAUCAUGCUGUGUGUGGGAUCUUAGUUUCCAGAUCAGGGAUUGAACCCAUGUCCGCUGCAGUGGAAGCUCAGAGUUCUAACCACUGGACCACCAGGGAAUUCCCCAAACCUCCUGUACGUCUGACUGACCAGCAAGAAUCAGGCUUUCUCACAACCUGCCUCCUCAGCUUUGAUAAUUUGCUAGAAUGGCUUAUAGAACUGAGGGAAAUACUUGUGUUUAUUGGUUUAUCAUAUAAUAAAGGAUAUGAUAAUAGCCAGAUGAAGAGGUCUGGAAGGGUCCUGAGUGCAGGAGCUUCUGUCUCCACAAAGCUGGGCUGUGCCACCCUCUCACCAUGGAGAUGUGUUUAGGAACUGGAAGCUCUCUGAACCCCAUAGUUUAGGGGUUUUUAUGGAGGCCUCAUCACAUAGGCAUGAUCAGUCUCCAGGCCCUCUCCUCUCCCCAGAGGCAAUGGGAGCUGGGGCUGAAAGUUCCAAACUUCUCAUCAUGGCUUGGCCUUUCCGGUGACAAGCCCCCAUCCAGGACUCCAUGGACAGUCACCUCUUUAGAACAAGAGACACUCCUGUCACCCAGGAAAUUCCAAGGGGUUUAGUUUAGGAGCUUGAUGUUAGGAACAGAUGUUAGGAACUGGGGUCAAAUGUUAGAAUAAGAUGCCCCUAGCACCCCCAUCUGGAGAAGGAAAUGGCAGUCUAGUAUCCUUGCCUGGAAAAUCCCAUGAACAGAGGAGCCUGGCGGGCUACAGUUCACGGGGUCACAAAGAGACACGACUGAGCAACUAAACAACAAUGCUCCUAUCACUUGGGAAAUUACAAGAGUUUUAGGAGCUCUGUGUCAAGAAUGGGAACAGAGGGGACUUCCUGGCGGUCCAGUGACUAAGAUUUCACACUCUCAACGCAGGGGACCCAGGUUGGAUCCCUGGUCAGGGAACUAGAUCCCACAAGCUGCACCUAAAAGAUUCCAAAUGCCGCAACUAAGACCCAGCAAAGCCAAAUAUAUAUUUUUUAAAAUAAAAAGAGUGGAGACCAGGACCAAAUAUAUUAUACCUGACCCUUAAACAAUGUAGGGGUUAGGGGCACGGACACUCUACCCAGUGGAAAAUCUAAGUAUAUAAAAUCUAUAGUAUUUUUUUUUUUUUCCCCACAGGACAGAACCUUUAUUGCUGAACACAAAGUACCCACCUGGAAGGCCCACCCGGCAGUCUCUCCUGCAGCAGGAGGCCUGCGGGAGGACAGGGCAGACAUUGCACGGGGGAGCCCUGCCAGGCACCCCUCAGGGCAAGGCUGAAGGCCCAGUCAGCCGUCCGUAUCCAAGGUUCUUGUGCGUGCUCAGAUUCAACCAACCUCAGAUCUUGUAGUACUGUAGUAUUUACUAUUGAAAAAAAAAAUCCACAUAGAAGUGGACCUACGCAGUUCAAACCCGUGUUGUUCAAGGGUCAACUUAAUUUCUUAUAAUAUCACAGUAUCACAGCCGUAAACAUCUCUUUCAUCCUCAUGUGAUAUAAUCAAGAAUGAAGGCUUUGGAGCCAAACAGAUCCCAGCCCUGCGACUAACUGAUCUCAUAUAUCUCUAGUUGCGGCAAGCGGGGGCUACUUUUCCUUACGGUGCACGGGCUUCUCAUUGCGGUGGCUUCUCUUGUAGAGCAUGGGCUCUAGGGUGUUUGGGCUUAAUUGCUCCUUGGCAUGUGAGGUCUUCCCAAACCAGAGAUCGAACCUGUGUCCCCUGCGUUGGCAGGCGGAUUCCCAUCCACUGCCCCACCAGGGAAAUCCCUGCCUGUCACUUAAAGUGAAGCUAACUGCCACAGUUUAGGGUGGUGAUGAGGAGCAAAUGAGGUAAUGCCAGUGAAGCACCGACUCUUGGGGGUCCCUGUUGGCUGGUGGUUGUCACAGAAGGGAGGAAGGGACCUUGUUCUCUUUCCCCAUUUUGCAAACAGAUGUGAACACUAGCCCAGGAAUCCUUCCCCUGGAUUCCUGACCCACCUGCAGCCCAUCAACUGAUGGGGUAGCACUCGACUUAGGUGUGUGCCUGGCACUCAGGGCUGUGAGAAACUUUGAUUCUCAUCCCUGUUUACCUCCUCCUCCAGGAGAGGACUGAGGGCCGCCUUUUGGCUGAAGAGAGAAGGCCUCUUAGUCCAGACAGUAUGAGUAAUAAAUAGGAAGAGAGCAUUUUGGGGGGGUGGUGUGGGAAUUGCAUGAGGAACUCCUGACGCAGGACACCUCGGAGGUCAUGUGUGACCCCGGGCGUGUGGAAGGGGAGGCCCCCCAGGCUUUGUGGAGGGUGGACAAGAGGGGCUGAGAGCUCUGCCCUCAGGCCAGCAGGCCUGGCUCUGUGAACAGGCCCCACCUGUUAUGACCAGCUGUGUGUCUUUGGCUAAGUUACUCUAUGGCUCUGGAACUGAGAUCUUCAACUGAAAAUUGAGCCCCCAAAGCUGAGUCUGUGAGUUGCCUUGCGGGCAGUGACUGCCAUGGCUUACAUUUGGAUUACCUGCUAUUCCUUUUGGAUGAGCCUCCCAGCAAGAGGUUAGAGGGAAGAAGCACGGCAGAAGGGACUUGCUGAGCCACCUCCGCUCCACUCCAUGUUGGCUGUGCUCUCAGGCUGGCGCCAUGCCACCCCCAGCAGAGGUGACAGACCCGUCCCAUGCGCCCGCCGUUCUGCGCCAGCUCAAUGAACAGCGGCUUCGCGGCCUCUUCUGUGACGUCACCCUCAUAGCCGGAGAUACCAAGUUCCCCGCUCACCGCAGCGUCCUGGCUGCUUCUAGUCCCUUCUUCAGAGAGGCACUGCUGGCUUCAGCUCCACUGCCUCUCCCACCCAUCACUGGGGGCUCAGCCCCCAACCCCACCACCACCACAGCGGCCUCCUCCUCCUCCUCUUCCUCCUCCUCCUCCUCCUCUUCCUCCUCCUCUUCUUCCUCCUCUCCCUCUCCAGCCUCACCUUCAGCUUCAUCCCCACCUCGGGUCCUGGAGCUGCCAGGGGUCCCAGCAGCUGCCUUCUCUGAUGUCCUCAACUUCAUCUACAGUGCCCGGCUGGCAUUGCCUGGUGGUGGAGGGGACGGGGCAGCUGUGGCAGAGAUCGGUGCUCUGGGACGGCGUCUGGGCAUCUCCCGCCUGCAGGGCCUGGGGGAGGGGGGUGAUGCCUGGGUGCCUCCUGCUCCAGUUCCCAUGGCCACCUCACAGCCUGAGGAGGACAGCUUUGGGCCUGGGCCUAGGCCAGCUGGGGAAUGGGAGGGGGACAGGGCUGAGGCCCAGGGCCCUGACUCACAGCCUGCCUUGUCCCGGCGGCCCCUCCCCUGCCCCCGAUGUGGGAAAAGCUUCAUCCAUCCCAAGCGGCUACAGACCCAUGAGGCCCAGUGCCGGAGGGAGGCCAGCGCUCGGGGGUCCGCAGGGCUGGGAGCCAGGGGUUCUGUCCCCAGUGGCCCUGCAGGAGUGGACGCCUCGGCCCUGCCCCCAGCGGUAGGCUUCCGAGGUGGUCCUGAGCACGUGGUGAAGGUGGUGGGUGGCCAUGUGCUCUAUGUGUGCGCGGCCUGUGAGCGUUCCUACGUGACCCUGUCCAGCCUAAAGCGGCACAGCAAUGUACACUCAUGGCGGAGGAAGUACCCCUGCCGCUACUGCGAGAAGGUGUUCGCACUGGCUGAGUACCGAACCAAACACGAGGUGUGGCACACCGGGGAGCGCAGGUACCAGUGCAUCUUCUGCUGGGAGACCUUUGUCACUUACUAUAACCUGAAGACCCACCAGCGAGCCUUCCACGGCAUUAGCCCAAGCCUCCUGGCCAGUGAGAAGACGCCCAAUGGAGGCUAUAAGCCCAAGCUCAAUACCCUCAAGCUGUACCGCCUGCUCCCCAUGCGGGCGGCCAAGCGGCCCUACAAGACCUACAGCCAGGGAGCCCCCGAGGCCCCCCUCUCUCCAAGCCUCAACACAGCGGCCCCUGUGGCGAUGCCAGCCAGCUCACCACCCGGACCCCCACCUGCCCCAGAGCCUGGCCCCCCACCAUCUGUCAUCACUUUUGCCCACCCGGCUCCCUCAGUCAUUGUACAUGGGGGCAGCAGCAGCGGUGGAGCAGGGAGUGGGCCGGCCAGCACAGGGGGGGCCCAAGCCGCCUCAGUCAUCACUUACACUGCUCCCCCACGGCCCCCCAAAAAACGUGAGUACCCACCUCCCCCCCCCGAACCUGCAGCUGCACCAACCAGCCCAGCCACAGCAGGCAGCCCAGCCACAGCCGCAGGGCCCGCCACAGCCACGGAGGAGGCCAAGGGCCGGAACCCACGGGCCACGAGGACUCUGACCUACACCGCCAAGCCAGCUGGCGGGAUUGGCGGGGGCGCGGGUCCCCCUGCAGGGCCUGGCCGGGGCCCCUCUCAGCUCCAGGCUCCACCGCCACUGUGUCAGAUCACUGUGCGAAUCGGUGAGGAGGCGAUUGUCAAGCGCCGCAUCUCAGAAACAGACCUGCGUCCCGGGGAGCUAAGCGGCGAGGAGAUGGAGGAGAGCGAGGAGGAGGAGGAGGACGAGGAAGAGGAAGAGGAGGAGGAGGAGGAGGGGCAGGGGGAGUCCAAGGCUGGCGGGGAGGACCAGCUCUGGAGGCCCUACUACUCCUACAAGCCCAAGCGCAAGGCUGGAGCCGCGGCCCUGGCUAGCAGCGGGGGCAGCGGGAUGCCCAGAAGCCGCCGGCCACCUCGCUGGAGACAGAAGCUGGAACGGAGGAGCUGGGAGGAGACCCCAGCAGCCGACGGCCCCACGGGGCGUACCCGUGGCGAGAGGAGACACCGCUGUGAGGACUGUGCCCAGACAUUCGCCAGCCUGAGGAAGCUGCGCAAGCACCAGGAGUCCCACAGCGGGGACCCCCACAGCUCCCGGUCUGGACGGAAGCCCUCCACCCGCCUCACCUGCCCUCACUGCGCCAAGGUGUGCAAGACGGCCGCUGCCCUGAGCCGCCAUGGGCAGAGGCACGCCGCCGAGAGACCCGGGGGCACCCCCACGCCUGUCAUUGCCUACUCAAAGGGUAGCACUGGUGCCAGAGCCGGGGAGAUUAAGGAGGAGGCCCCCCAAGAGAUGCAGGUCUCUUCCUCCAGCGGGGAGGCAGGUGGUGGAGGCGGGAGUGCUCCUGCUGAGGAAGCUUCUGAGCCUGCCUCGCUCCAGGACCCCGUCAUCUCAGGAGGGGAGGAGCCCUCCGUGGGGGCAGGAGGGGCCACCUAUGCAUACCCACCUGUGCAGGAAUUUCCACUGGCUCUGAUUGGGAGCGGCCGGGAAUCAGGCAGUGGCAGGGGAAAAGGUGGGAGUGAGGGGCCAGGCGGGGCUGGCGGGGGAGACCGGAUGGAGGCGAUGGGGGCUGCCAAAGUCACCUUCUACCCUGAGCCCUACCCACUCGUCUAUGGUCCCCAGCUCCUUGCCGCCUACCCUUACAACUUCAGCAACCUGGCCGCUCUCCCGGUCGCUCUUAACAUGGUCCUACCUGAUGAGAAGGGUGGGGGGGCCCUUCCCUUCCUACCAGGGGUCUUUGGCUACACAGUCAAUCCUCAAGCAGCAGCCCCUACCCCCCCAACCCCACCACCCCCAACUCUUCCUCCACCGGUUGCCCCCAAGGGAGAAGGGGAGAGGGCAGGGGUUGAAAGAACCCAGAAGGGAGAUGUGGGGUGAGCUCUGGACCCAGAUCCCCCCUUUCACCAGAUGCCACCCUCCCUGAACCCCCGCCACUACCAGCUCCCCGGCCUCCCUGCCCCUUGGGAGCCCCUCCACACUCCUGUGCAGGGAUCUGGGGGCCUCUGGAGCUCAGGGGUCAGGCUGCUUUGUGUGAGAUUGUAGUUUUCCCACCACCUGGGAAGGGGUCUUCGGUGGUUCCCCUCUCAGUUCUCCUCCAGGGAAUGGCCUCUGUGAGGGGCAGGGCCAGCUCAUCCCUCCUCAAGCCCUUGGGGCAACUGAGCAAUAUACUUCCAUGAAUCUCUACUCACGGCCCCCACCAGCUCUGAAUGUCUAACCCGCCCCCUGAUUCCUAAACUUAGGGGGAAACCACAUUUCUCCCCGAAUGUUCCCCACCCUGCAUCUUGAAGCUUUCUCUAAGCCCUUGCCCAGAUGCUUCCUAGCACAUUCCAUCCUUUUGUGGCCCAGGGCCUGGACCAGACCAUUGUGAUACCCAACACUUACCCACCUGGGAGUGGGCUUCAGAUGCCAUUCUUCCCAAGGGUGGGUUUCUGUGUCCCUGUUCCCUUCACGUUAAGACGCCAUGCCUUCCUUGGCUUCUACGCCUUUGGAUCUUCCAUAUUCCUCCUCCUACUCCAAGACUGUGGAGAUGGCUCUCCCAUCCUGGUCAAAGAGCGGGGUGGGAGGGAGGGCUACCUAUCUGUUCCUUGGCUGAGUUCUUUCCCAGCCCAGGCAGCACCAAUCUCAGCCCUGCUUUGACCCUCAAAUCUAGUAAGCCCCAGACUCUUCACGGCGAAAGAGGUGAGUGGAUUGCACCUCUUCCUGCCUCUGCAUAUGGCCUCAUCUGGGCUAAGCCAGAUUUGGGGGCCAGGAAGGAGAAGCUCUAUAUAGGAUGGGGGAGGGGUCCUACUUCCUCCUUGUUUUUUUUUCCCCAAUGGUUUCUCCCAGACUAGACCAAAUAGCCAGAAAAAUUAUGGGGGUUGGAUGGGUAGGUAAGCCCGAGAUUUGCACACGACCUCCCAUCCUUACCUUAGCCCUCUUUCCCCCCAGUAUCACUUCCCUCACCAAUUACUCCAGAUGGUUUUUGGGGAACCAUCAUACUCCCCUGGUGGGCUUUGGGGUAUCCCCACCAACUUUCCCUCCAAAAUAGCACCUUACACCCCAUCUUUGACUCAGUUUCCCACACCCAAAGAUCCCAGCCUAGGGAUGGGGUACAGGGACCUUGUAAGUCCCUAAUCCCUAAUUUGCACUAGUUAACCCUGGUCAGGGGUCCCUAUGUUUCCUUCCAGUGGUGGAGUUGAAGAAAUGUUCACUCCUAAUUCUGAUAACUGGGCCUCCCCACUCUGUGAUUGAAUGAACACUUCCCAUCCACCCACCUCCCCCACCACCACACCCAACACACACACAAAAAGCUCACAAGGGGAGAGCCAGUUUGGGGGAGCAAAUUUGAUAAAUGGGAAUUAGAGGAGUGCAGUUUAAAAAGGGGAAAAGUUGCCAUCAUCAAAAUGGCAGUCCUUUUCCCAGCUACUGUUUUUUGGGGCCAAGAUGGCUGCCCUCUCAACUGAUGCUGAAAGGGCAAGAUCAUGGCUUUUGGAGGGAGGUGGUUUGGCGGGAGGGACAGGAGCAGCCUCCUGCCUCCUCACACCCUCCCAGCAAACGGAAAGGGAGGUUUUCGACAGGCUCCCUGAAUGUUAACCAUGGAGGAGUGUCGCUCCUUCACUCCUCCUCCGUCUCUUUGCACUUUUCUUGGUCUUGGCCGCAGUCCGAGUGAAGAGUUUCCUACUGAAUGUACUGAGUUCCAAUUUUUAAGGGGGAGAAAAGUUUAAAACAGGGAAAAAUUGCAAAAAAAAAAAAAAAAAAUCACUAAAAAAUUCCCACAAAUCUUGUUUCUGGCACUUUAGAAAAACUGCGGAAAAAAAAAAAGUACAUAAUAAAGAAUACAUAUAUAUAUCUACACACAAAUUAUAUAUAUAAAUAUAUAUAUAUAUACACAGCGGAACCACAAGAGAGACUGAGGAAGGCCUUGGAGGCAGGGGGCGGGUGCAACGGCAGUGCCCCUAUAUCCUUAACCUGCACUCCUCUGAGGCAGAACGGCACAGGAGAUGGAAGGGGUUGAGGAUGGACCAGGGAAUUGAAUUUCACAACAGGUCAAAAUUCUAAAACCAUGGACAUUUUGGGAGAACUGAGACUGUAGACAUUUAUUUUAUUAUUAUUUUUUUUUAAUCUGAUUUAGGAAAAUAGUUUCCAGAAUUUGGUGGUUCUGGGCAACAAAGGAGAUUGUGGCGAAAUGGAGAUUAAAAUACAUGUAUCUGAGCUGGGGAACUUGAACAUUGUGAAUUUCAGAUGUUGGAAAUUUGGGAUUUUGCAAUUUCGUCUUUUGAAAAUUAUCACGUCUUGUCAGUUUGUGCCCUCUUUCCCCAUGUUCCCUGGGAAGAAGGGUGAUGGUGGAGUGGGAAGGCCACUGGUUCUGUGCCACAGCACGCAAGAUUUAGAAUUCUACAGACUCUAGCUCUAUAUGUAGUGAGGACCCAGAUUUAGAGAAACUGACCAAUAUUUAUCUCCGCAUUUGUGUGUGUGUCCAACUCUCUAGGCCAAUAAACCAACAAGACAAACGAA